UUUCACUGCCAUUUUGUUUUUUGUUAAAAAAAAAAAAUGACUGCGAUCCGCAAUAUGUCUGAGUUCCACAAACGCUUCGAGGCGGCCGAACAUAAAGUCAUUGUUCUGGAUUUUUAUGCCACAUGGUGCGCUCCUUGUAAGGACAUUGACAAGGUGGUGAAAGCACUUGCGCGCCAGUACGUUAACAAGGUGGAUGUAAUUAAGAUCAAUGUGGACCGAUUCGAGGAUUUGGUGGAAACCUACAAAGUGCGCAGCAUGCCAACAUUUGUGUUCAUCAAGAACAAUCGAAAAAUUGGUCGAGUCAUUGGAGCAGAUGAGCACAAACUGAAGCAAACGUUGUCUAAAGUCUGCAAAUAAUCAGUAAUUUAGUGACGCAGGCGUCGCCAUCGAUUGACUGAUUGAUGAUAUGUAUAACUGUGUAGCUUGUAACAUGCAACGCCAGCCAUUUUGA